AUGAGAGGUUCAAGAUGGGAAACUUCAAUCAAGAAAAGUUGAAUUAGGUGAACAAGCACUUUUCAUAGUACUUAAGACUAUACAGACCAUAGUAGUAUCCUUUGAUCUUAGUUCACUCCUCCACAAGCAGUUUUGGGGGGAGAUUUCCUGUUUCACCCCUGCCUGCUUUCCUGUAUGUUUUUACUUCCCGUUGCCUGUGGUUACUUUAUUGAUGAGUGCACUCUAGAAGGAGUUAUAAAGUCACAAUGCAAGCUGAUCUUUCUCAGAUUUAGUUUCUCUCCUCUUCCUGCAAGGUAGAAAGAAUGUGAACUUGAGAAGAUGGCAACGCCAAACCUGAUUGCGUACACCUACUUUUUUAUCUUCCUUCCUUUUACUUCUUCAGAAAGUGGCUCUGGGUCCGAAACACCUAUAGGAUAUGGUACUUGUGCAGACGAUGAGCAAGAAAACAGCUUCAAGUGUUUCUUUCAAAUGCUAGGACUGCUAACCAAUUUCUUAAUUUGUGAGGCUACUGGGACAGAGGUGAACCUGAAUGAGGCAAACGCCCAUUUUUCUGUGUAUGGGACUCAACCCCGGUCCUGCUUCAUGAAAAAUCCCCUUGUCGCCAAUUGUUCUAUAUACAGCACUGAUCUGAUUGGUUCUUUGGACAUUUGCUUGACAAUAACUUUGACCAAUCCUUGCAAAAAUUGCCAGAAAUUGAAAGCUGUUCAUUGGGUUAAACCUGAAGCACCUUAUGGUCUAAAUAUCACCUACCAGGAACAAGCACAUGAGUAUCUUGUUCAAUUCUCAACGCCACAUAUGGCAAACUCAUUCCUUAAAGACAAAUUAAUACACCAGUUAGCCUACCGACAAGAAAAUACAGACUGGACUACCACCGAAUCUGAUUUUGUUAGAUUAAAACUUCUGGGGCAGUUAUUUGAGCCAAAUGUAAUGUAUGAGAUGAAGGUUCGGUCAAGGCCCAAUGGAGAUUAUUUCGGAGGCUACUGGAGUGACUGGAGUUCAUCCCAAAAUUUCACCACUUCAGCCAGAACAUCAAGCGGAAUAA